AUGGAGGCAGGCGAUACUAGCACAAGGAAGAGGAAGUCCGCCGUGCUUGAGGGCUGUCGUCCGGCGCCAGCGACGGCAGCGGCCGAUCCUGGUCCUGGAUCGGGCGGAGCAGAUGAAGAUCUCAUCAACAGACUCCCCGACGAGAUCCUCAGAGAGAUAAUCUCCCUCCUCCCCACCAAGCAAGGCGCUCGCACCCAGGCCGUCGCCUCCCGGUGGCGCGGCCUCUGGCGCUCUUCGCCUCUCAACCUCGACUUCGAUCACAUCACCGCCCACGCCCACUGGUAUAACCUCUCUCACGAUGUAUUAGGCAUCAUUAAAUCCCACCAAGGCGGCGGCCGUCGCCUCCGCACCCCCUACAUGUACACCGAAGACGUCAAACAUGCCAUCGAAGCUUGUCUCCUGUCCCCCGCUCUCAAUAACCUCCGGGAGCUCGAGCUCAGCAGCUGGGAGGGGCAGCCGAUACCGGCUUCGGUUUUCCGCUUCUCGCCCACCCUCUGCUUUGCCCACAUCGGGCACUGCAGCCUCCCGGACGCCACCGUACAGGGAAUUCAGUUUCCCCUUCUUAAGCAGCUCAGGCUUGUUCAUAGCAGCAUCUCGGAGGGCUCACUCCAUCGCAUGAUUGCCGACUGCCCCUCUCUCGAGUGCUUGCUAAUCUAUUCCUGCACCGGAUCCCGUUCCCUCCGGAUCAACUCACCUGUCCUUACAAGCGUUGGAGUCAAAAAUUAUUCCGCAGAUGCACCCAUGUUAGAGGAACUCAUCAUUGAGAGUGCUCCUCGUCUUGAAUCGUUGCUCCAUCUUGAUGAGCACCAGGGUUUGCGUGUCUCCGUACUCUCCGCUCCUAACUUGGAGACCAUAGGCUGCACCAACGCUACCAGGCUUGUGUUUGGUUCUACUGAAAUUCAGGGACUGCAUGUUGUUAGGCUUGGAACAGGGCUGUGCACAAUCAAGUGUUUGGCUCUCGGAAUGUGUACCCUAAGUUUGGACAUGGUUAUUGAAUUGUUGAGGUGCUUUCCGUGCUUGGAGAAGCUGUACAUUCAGGCUAGAAAGUUUUAG